AUGAUAAAUUCGCUUCGUCGGGAAUCACUGGUGCUAUCGUUGGAUGAGUCUUGGAUAGAUGAUAAUAGUCAAGUGUUUCACGACCUGGAAGAGGCGCUGCUGACUGAUGGCCACGAGGAAUCCGAGAGUCCGUUGCUGCUCAAGGACCUCAUUGUGCGGCUGUUGGGCGGGAUUUUGGCGUCACGCGUCAGCGAAAUCAACGCCUACAACUACGAAACCUAUUUGCGACGGGUCGUCAAAGUCAAGUGGGAGGUCAGUGUGAUGAUCCUGUCCUUUCUUGAGUGA